CACCACACUCCACUAGUCCACUACGUGAGUGAGGCUGUGGUUGUGUUGUGAAAGAGUCGUUGGUCGUCGCCGUGAGCAGCGAGGUUGUUGUGGUGGUUAUGAGCGUUAUCACGAAUUGAUUAGAAUCGCUAUUUAAACCGUAUCUGAUCAAUUAAAAGGCCCAUACAUGAGUGAACCAGAAGUAAAGAAACAGAAAAUGUCGAGCUUGACGCAGCUAAAAUCAUUUACCACUGUUGUGGCGGAUACUGGGGAUUUUGAAGCCAUGAAGAAGUACAAACCGACAGAUGCCACAACAAACCCAUCUCUCAUGUUGGCAGCGGCAUCUCUGCCUCAAUACAAACAUCUAAUUGAGAAGGCUGUGGACUAUGGAAAGAAAAAUGGAAAGACUCUCAAGGACCAAGUGGAUGCUGCCAUGGAUAAGAUGGUUGUGCUGUUUGGUGUAGAGAUACUGAAUAUCAUCCCCGGACGUGUCUCCACAGAGGUUGACGCCAGAAUCUCGUUUGACAAGGAGGCUAGCAUCGCCAAGGCUCGCAAGAUAGUCAAGCUUUACGAGGAACAUGGGAUCAAGAAGGAGAGGAUUCUGAUCAAGAUGGCCUCUACCUGGGAGGGUAUUCAGGCUGGCAAAACCCUGGAAAAGGACUUCGGUAUCCACUGUAACCUGACGCUGCUGUUCUCAUUCUGCCAGGCCGUGGCGUGCGCCGAAGCUGGUGUCACUCUCAUCUCUCCCUUCGUCGGACGCAUCCUCGACUGGCAUGUGGCCAACACGGACAAGAAGAUGUUUGCGCCCCAUGAAGACCCUGGGGUGCAGUCAGUCACUAAGAUCUACAACUACUACAAGAAGUACGGUUACAAGACCGUGGUAAUGGGUGCUUCUUUCCGUAAUGCAGGGGAGAUACGAGCACUGGGCGGAUGUGAUCUACUCACCAUCAGCCCCAAACUGCUGGAAGAGCUGGAGAGUUCCAGUGAGCCCGUCCACGAGGUGCUUUCCGAGAAGACAGCCAAGAAGCUGGACCAGGAUAAGAUAACCCUGAAUGAAGCAAUGUUCCGGUGGCAACUGAACGAGGACCAGAUGGCCACAGACAAGUUGUCCGAAGGCAUCCGCAAGUUUGCAGAGGACUCUCGAAAGCUUGAGAAACUUCUGCAGGACCUCAUCCAGAAGAAGUAGGAUUCCAUUGAUGCCGACUGAUCUUUUCAUUCCUUUGUUACAUUCUAGCUGCUGGGGGUGGAAUUUUUAUAUGGUUGUGUCAAAUAAAGAGGUUUAUUUUCUGUAA